GUUUCAUAUUUCUUUCAAAUUAAGUUUCUAAUUAACUGUGCUUCCAUCUAGUGGUCAAGAGUGGAAUUACACCCCAUAUAAACAAGCGAAGAAUAACAAAAUUGUUUUUGUUGUAAAAAAAAAAGUCUGCAAAAUUCACAAUAGAGGCAGUUUUAUUGCAUUAACUUUGUUGAUGAUGAUUCAUAAGAACAACAAUGUACGUAUUUGACAGUAGUAAGACUACAUGCACUUGCACAUGGAUGUCGGUGCGUCUGCCGUGUGGUCAUUUGUGUCUAAACCCGCGUUGAGGAAUCAGCUUAGUGCCCCACUGUGGCUGGACACUUUUGUUCUCAAGUGGGACACUCAUAAUGAGCUUAACAUGAACAGCCCCUCGUUUGAAAGCAGCUCUACCAGUCUCCAAUGCCUCCAUGGCGGGCAGUGGAAACACCUCAGUUCAAGUCGUUAGCCCUAAGAGUAUUUUAAAAACGGAGACGGAAGACGACAUCGCUCACAGGUACUGUACUUGGCUUUCGUGCUUAGACUAUGACCCAUGGAGUGAUUUGAAAGCCACGUGCAAUCUCCUCCCACUGCCGCUUUGUUACAAGAUCUGAAAUUGAAAGACGUUCAGGCAUUGCAGACUGAGUUGCCUAACUUGUGUUUAUUCUGUGCCAAGUGAGCCACGGACCUCGAACGAUAUCACGUGAGGAAAUGAUAAAAGUAUUGGGAUUGGCUGGUGACCAGUCCAGAAUGUAUUCCACCUCUCCCCUGAAGUCAUCUUGGGAAGGCUUCAGCACACUCGUGACCCGAAUGAGGUUGUGGUAUAGAAAAUGGAUGAAUGGGAUAUGGUGUGUGUGCAUGCCAGAUAUUUAUUUGGUCAGGAAAUAUUGUGGUUGGCAUUCUGAGGAAUAAUGUUUGUCUGUUCAUCUGAACACAGGAAGAGGCCAAUGCGUGACUGUGGUGUGUCUGAAAACUUCAUAGACCAGACUGAAACACAUUGGGCCUCUUUGGGCUCAGCAGGGACCCAGCUCGCGAAGCACAGACUCCAUUCGCCCACACACAAAAAAAAAAAAAUUGGUCGACUUUUAAUGUUCCCCAGAGCAGCUUCGGAGGUCUGCAAACAUGAUUUAGUUGAGCUGUGGUUCCAAAAGACUUACCAUUUAGAAAACUAGCAAUGUUUAAAAGAACAAGACAGUUGUUCACAGGAGGGCAUUCAAUGUUUUUGUUUUUGUUUGACCCGGAAUAUUCCUUGGACCAGUUCCUUGUAGUAGGCCGAUUAUACUUUUAUUAUUUUCUUCUAGCUCGACCCCAAAGAUAGAAUUGUUACAUACAUGACAACUUCCAAACAAGGUUUUCCAAUCAAGCACGAAGUGGGCAUAGUUGAAGGAUGACAAAAAAAAAAAAAAAUGCGUUUGGUGCCAUCUUCUGGAGGACAAAGACAUUAAUGAAUGAGUCGAGCAUUCACAGUAAUGUACACGAAUACUGUAGUAGGCUAAAUAAAGGAAGGUGACAAUUAAAAUAUGCACCGUGUUAGUUGAGUUAAAUUUAAAAAAAUGUUAAAAUGUAACUUUUUUCAUUAGAAGCAAAAAGUCACAUUUUGAAAGGCGUGACUGAAAUUUAAUGACGAAAUAUCAUACAUAGCAAUCGGUCUGUGUGCUUCUUGUGUGCCUGCUAAGGGUUAAGCCCGAACCGGGCGUCCGGUGUGGGCGCAGGUGUCUCGCCACUGUGAGCGCGGAGCAGCGUCUGCAAACGUGCUGAAUUUAAGUUGAUCCCAACUGUAAGUCAGUCGACUCCCGCCGCCCCAGUGGACGAAGCACAGUAGAAUUGAUGGAGUUGGAUCUUUUGAGUGCUUUGCACGCAGCGGCUCUACCCUCUCGUCAUUAAACGUAUAGUGAGGGCGAGUCAAGAGACUAAAUGAGUUUAUAGCCUCCCGUUUUGUACGAUUGGACAGUUAUUUAAUUUUUUAUUUCUUUAUUUUUGGGGGUCGUUUCUUUUCUCCUCCCAGCGGGAUUUAUUCUUCGGUUCUUCUAAGAGUUUAAUCUGCCGCGCUGUGACGCACGCUAUGUGGUGGAUGCUAUUUCCGCGAUGGAUUUGGUUUCCCCUGGGACAUUUGUACACUUUUUUGCUCUAUAUGGACGGUGUCGGGGCGAUGCCGAUGUCCGUGGCCAAAGUCGUGUACUCUCAUGCGGGUCUGUGCCCCAAUGAGCUGAACCCCAACCUGUGGGUGGACGCUAUGAGCACCUGUACCCGCGAGUGUGAAUCUGACCAGGACUGCGAGACGUUUGAGAAGUGCUGUCUCAACGUAUGUGGGAACAAGAGUUGCGUGGCGGCACGCUACAUUGACAUCAAGGGCAACAAGGGGCCCAUUGGAAUGCCCAAGGGAGCCACCUGUGACAAGUUCAUGUGCUCCCAGCAAGGUUCCGAGUGUGACAUCUGGGACGGGCAACCUGUGUGUAAGUGCCGGGACCGCUGCGAGCGAGAGCCCCACUUCACGUGCGCGUCUGACGGCAUGACUUACUAUAACAAGUGUUACAUGGACGCAGAGGCGUGCUCCAAGGGUAUCUCUAUCUCUGAGGUCACCUGCAGGUACCACCUGACAUGGCCAAACACCAGUCCUCUCCCAGCCGAAACAACUCUCCGUCCGACCACGGCUCUUCAGACCACUCUGCCGGUUGACGUCCAGAGCCCCGCCAUCCACAGCAGCCCCGCUCAGCAGGCUGUGUUUGUGGGGGAGACAGCCAGCUUCCUGUGUGAGGUGACCGGGAAGCCGCACCCGCAAAUCACCUGGGAGAAACAACUGAAGGGCAAGGACAACAUCAUCAUGCGACCGAAUCACGUGCGAGGGAACGUCGUGGUCACCAACAUCGGCCAGCUUGUCAUUUACAACGCGCAGCUUCAAGAUGCCGGAAUUUACACGUGCACGGCCAAAAACGUGGGAGGAAGCGUAUCUUCUCACUUCCCUUUGGCGGUAAUCAAGAGAGAGGCGAGAGGAAAGGAAGCCCAAGGAAACAAUACCAAUCGUCCUUUCCCACCUGCAGAGUGCUUAAAAAGUCCAGACACCGACGACUGUGGAGAGGAAAGCAUAAGCUGGUACUAUGAAUCAAGCCGGAACAAUUGCUUCACCUUCACUUACAGUCAGUGCAAUAAGAACCGGAAUCAUUUCGACGCCUAUGAUAUCUGCAUGCUGUCAUGUGGGGGAGAGCUGGCGGCUCCUUGUAGCCUGCCCAGCGUUCAGGGACCCUGCAAGGCCUACGAGCAUCGGUGGGCUUACAGCAACGCCCUCAAAAAGUGCCAAUCUUUUGUCUACGGAGGCUGCGGCGGCAACGAGAACAACUUUGAGUCCAAAGAGGCGUGCGAAGGGAUGUGUCCCUUUCCCAAGAACCACAACUGCAAGGAGUGUAAGCCCCGAAGUAAGAUGGUGGCCAGUUUCUGCAGGAGCGAUUUUGUCAUCCUGGCACGGGUCACCGAGCUGACGGAGGAGCAGGAGUCGGGUCACGCUCUGAUGACGGUGGAGGAGAUCCUGAAAGAUGAGAAGAUGGGUCUCAAGUUCUUUGGCAAGGAACCCUUGGAGGUGACUCUCCUGAACAUGGACUGGAACUGCCCCUGCCCAAACAUCACCGUAGCCGAGAAUCAACUCAUCGUCAUGGGGGAGGUUCACAACGGGAUGGCCGUGCUGCAGCCCGACAGCUUUGUAGGCUCCUCCAGCGCCCGGAAGGUCCGGAAGCUUCGUGAGGUUUCCAGCAAGAAGAGCUGCAAUUUUUUUAAGGAGUUGCCUGGCACCCAGUAGGGGCUCUCAGAUCAACCGCACACCGUCCCACUGACUCCUCUCGUAGAACCUAAUCAUAAAAUUGAAGACUUGAAAAGCAUGUCAAAUCCCAGAAAGUAUGAAAGGUAAUUCAAAUGAUCUUGGUUAUAUUUGACUAAAUUGACAUUAGAGCCCCUCUCUAAUAUUAGCAUUGUAUUCAUAUGUGUCGUUCUAUAUUUGUGGCUUAAACGGAUGUGACGUCUCAGUUUUAUCGACCAGAAUCAAUAAGCUCUUUGGUACCUUUCAUUCGGAUUCAUUCACAAUCCAGGAUAUGCAUGUGAACUACUCCGAACUAUAUUUAUUUUUCUCUUAUAUUUCUUAUAGACAGCAGGUACAGUAUAUGUCUGUAUUACAUGGAGUGGAGAACAUCUCGAUGUAUAUUUCCAUGUUAUCUAUUAUGUAUUAUUGUCCAUUACUAUGGAACUCGAUGAAUAAAUAUGAUUUAAAGGUA